AUGAGGUGUCCCGCGUGGCUGCUUUUCGCCUUGUUCCCGCUAUUGUUCACCGGGAUACCGGUCACCAGCUCGCAGAGGACCCACGCGAGACAGGGUGCGGGUCGCGAGCAACCCGUCGUCAAGAUACCGGAUCAAGGAUCGGUGGCUGGUAAAGAGGUGUUCCUAAAUCCCACGCAAAGAGUGAUACAAUAUUUGGGAAUACCGUACGCUCUAGCACCCUUGGGAAAAUUACGCUUCUCCGCGCCUGUUACCGAACCCCUGCCAUCGUGGAACGGCGUACGAAAUGCAACGCAAUUCGCAGCAUCUUGUCAGCAAUUGACAAAUCGGCUAAAACUUCACGAGAAGCUCUACAAGAGAUUGUUAUCACCGGAUCAACCCGAUCCAGGGGUCAGCGAGGAUUGUCUCUAUUUGAACAUCUUCGCGCCGGAUGGAAAUAAACCAGACGAAGGAUGGCCGGUCAUGGUGUGGUUCCAUGGUGGUGAUUUCAACACUGGUACGCCAGCAAUCUGGGACGCUUCUAUUUUCGUCAACAAACAUAAAGUGAUAAUAGUUACAGUAGCGUAUCGUUUGAACAUCCUCGGUUUCUUCACGACCACCGACGCGGAGGCUCCAGGAAACUACGGCAUACUCGACCAGAUAGCUUCUCUGGAUUGGAUCCAGAAGAAGAUCCAGCACUUUGGCGGUUCUCCGUCCAACGUGGUUAUUUAUGGUCACGAUUCCGGCGCCAUCAGCGUUGGUCUCCACUUGAUCAGCCCUUUGAGCAGAGGCAAGUUCUCGAAGGCUAUCGCGAUGAGCGGCGACGCUUUGACCUCCGUCCGUUCUCCUGAAACCGAGUUGACCGUCGUUGACAUAAUCGCGGAGAAGUUUGGCUGUUAUCGACGUCCAACGUCCGCGUUGAUGGAAUGCCUACGUCGGGUGGACGUGAACAUUCUGGUCCGCGAGUCUUCCGACAUCGAAACUUGGGGUCCCAUCGUCGAUUACGAGACCAACAACUCCACCGAACCGCUUCUUCCGGCUCAUCCCGUCGACAUCAUUGACGCUGGCAACUUGAAUUCCGUUCCUUUGUUAGCCGGCUACACGAACAAGGAGUACGCGCUGACCUAUAUCGAGACCCUGGACAAAGGAAACGUCGAAGGGAAACUGUCGUUCGACAGCUUCGAAACGAUGAUCACCAAUGAGAUCACGUCGUUGGUCCAGGGCCCGGAAGACAACAGCACGUGCACGCUGAAGCCAGAAAUGGUCGCCGAGGCGGUGUUGUUCUUUUACAAACCCCAUCCACCGAGCAAGGACCAAGCUGUGCUGCGUGACAGAUACCUGGACCUGCAAAUCGACCGGAAUAUCGCGGCUGGGAUGACUUUGCUCGCUGGUAAAGUUGCCAAAGAGAAGCUGGCGUUCGUUUACAGGUUCGACUACCGAUCCAAAACACAGUCUGUGAUCAAGGACGUGCCAGAAUGGGCCGGUGUACCUCAUAUGUUCGAGUUGCCAUUCGUAUGGGGACUUCCUUCGUUGCCUAACAGUCCUAUCCAAUGGAACAAUCCCGAUAGGAAGAUGUCCGAGAUGAUGAUGACCAUGUUGGCCAGCUUCGUCAAAACGGGUAAUCCCUCGGUGAGCAGCGUCAAGUGGGAACCGUAUACAGAAGAGGAUCCUGGGAUUUUGAUAAUCGGCAAGAACAUCGACAUGGCAGAUUCGAAUGCGGUCGAUUACAAAGCACUUGCUUUCUGGAACGAUUAUUAUCCGAUGGUUCUGGAAGAGGCCACAAAUAAUUGUUGUAACGUAACCAGUGGCACAAUCGCGUUCAGAAAAACUUCUUAUAACGUUGCUUUCAGUAUGAUUUGGCUCGUGGCGACGUUAGGGUUCCUUGAACUGUAGUCGAUCGCUGAUGAGAUUGUUUCUUUGAAUAUGCUCGAGGAGUAGUAUGCUUGAAUGUAUCGGUGAUUGGCUGAGAGACAUUUUUCGUAGACGUCCUUUCGAUGCUGAUUACGUUCGGUCACGCAGUAGAUUAGCCACAUGUACACGGUACAAACGAUUGUUUCCUUUCUUUUAAAUUCAAGUCGUUGAUCGUAUCGUUAGUAGCCUCGUUAGAUUUUUCGUGGAGUAAUUAGAACUUGGUUCUGAUGUUUUAAAAAAUUCCACGAAAGUGGACCACCUCUCGACAACACACAAAGAGAUUGAAACGCGCCGAUGCACCAGCAUCGUUCACGCUAUGUUCUAUGUGAAAAAGAAAGAAAAAAAAGGCAAGAUAUUUUUAGUUAAUCGCGAAGACAAUUGAAACGCUUAGAGAGAUAGCGAUGAGCGUUGUAAGUCCAAGAAAUUUCAAUUAAUUUCUAGAUCGUAGAUCCGAGGUAUCUUACCAAAGAUAAAAGUAAUUAAUAUUCUUUGAUCCUUGAUAAAAUCAACUUCAAUUUCAACUUGAACUUACAUCCCUCGUCGUCCUUCGAAUCGUAUCGACAAAGGGAGAAAAAGAUAGGCGUCGAGGUUUAAGUAGCAAAAAGGAGGAGAACCAGAGCCUGGGCUUAUUUUUUUCAUUGUUCAUAUUUUUUUUUUUCUUUUUUCUUAACAUUCACUGAGAGAUUUUUUUAUUAUUUGCUUUAAUACGGAGAGAUAUAGAAAAAACAUAUAUUGUUCGAGAAACAAACGGUUGAUAUAACUUAUGAAUAUUUUGAUGCUUCGAUAAUAAUUAAUAAUAAUAAUAA